GUCUACCUCGCCACCGUCGACGACGCUGCUGCCACCACUACACCGCGGCGGCGCUCCUCCGGCGGCGGUGGCGGCGGCAGCAGCAGCGGCAGCAGCAGCAGCAGCAGCCGCCGCCGCAGCUGCGUUAAGGGAGGCGCGCAACCCCCCACCCCCCGUCCGCCCCCUCCAUGAUGGACAGCCGCAUCCUGGAGCACCCCCAUGCCCAGUUCGGAGGCUUGGUGGGCUUCCCUUACCCCCUCGGCCAUCACCAUGUCUACGAGCUGGCCGGACACCAGCUGCAGUCGGCCGCCGCCGCCGCCGCCGCGGCUUCGGUACCCUUCUCCAUCGACGGAUUACUCAACGGCUCCUGCGCCGCCUCCGUGGUCAACCCCACCCCGCUCAUCCCCUCCGGCUGCGGAGACGGGCAGCCCUUCAAGCUCUCCGGUAAGUCGGCGGGCAUGGCAAGCGCUGGGCUGGCGGCGCCCGGGAUCCGGCCCGAUCCGGUGCCUCCAUCCUUCCAUCCGUAACAGCUCGCUUGCUUCCCUCCUCGCCUUCUCCUCCUUCCUGGAAUCACCGGCAGGAUAAAACUCAGGGCUUUCCAGGUGUCUUUCGGUGGGGGGGGGGAGCGCCAGACUGAGCAGGAGCAGGGGUGAAUCAGGGGUCAGGAUCAGACAUCUAGAUUUUUAAAAGAGAACUCUGCCACCAGUUUUCAUCGCAAGCAACUUCUCCGAUGCGGAGAGGCACUCGCGCCUCGCCAGAGCUCCAGGAGCCGCGAUGCGCAAUCGAUCAUUUCCUCCUUCUUCCCUUUUUCUCUCCGUCCUAGUUGUUUUGUUUCCAGUAGAAGUGGGGAUGUUUGGGGGGGAAGGAACCCGAAUAGAGGUUUUUUUUUGGGGGGGUGGGGAAUCAUCAAGGUUCUGUGAAAUUGGGGAGUGAGAAAAGGCCCUCGCCUCCUCCGUAAGCUCCUUUGCUGAUUUUUCUGCCCCCAGCAACUCACUUUAUUUGCUGAAGGUGGAAACGGAAACGGCUUCUCUCUUUAGGCUUCUCCCCCUCUCCCCUUUAGCUCUUAAAAGGACCCAAAAUAUACUAUUUUUUGUAUACCAAGUAUAGUAUUUAUGCAAAAACCAUAAGAUACCUCUGCUUUUUAAAAUCCCCCGCACUUAUUCUGAAGGAAGCGAGACAAGCGCUCCCUGCGCACAUCGGAACCGAUCUGGCUUUCGGCUUGGGCUAGUCGUUUGGUGUCCUCGCUCGCCCAAACAGAAAAUCCGAACAAAAGACAGGUGGUCUGGGUGAGCGGGGGAGGAGAAGACGAGAAGGAGGGUACCGAGGGCCUUGGGAAGGUCAGGAUUUCACAGUUUUGCGCAAAGGCUCCGCGGCCCAUCGAAAGUUUCCAGGUGCCACCUCCUAGAUUCCCUUCUAUUUUAAAACUCAAACGCCUAAAACCUACAAAUCCACUCAGGACAUAAUGGAGGCCCUUUUAUUUUUGACCUCACAGACCUGAAGCGUGUCCUUUAUUUGGUAACUUUAUUCCAACAAACCUACCUUGAAUCUCGUUUGAAAAUAAGAGAGUGGGGGGACGGGACCGGACCACGUGCCAAUUUUUUUUUUAAAAAAUUGAAAUUAUAAAGCAAGAAAAUCCUAGCUCUCGAAAUCAGGACAAAUAUAUGUAUUACUGUCCAACUUCGCUUGAACAAAUAAAAAGUAAGGCUCGUUCCAUAAUCUUAAAUGAUAUAUUUCUCCUGUAAACAAUCCUCGAAUUAACCUUUGGCGACAAAAAAAUAUAUUCAAGGAAGUUGUGUCUCCAUCAUUUGGGUUUUAGCUUCGAAAUAAGAAUAUACGGUCCAGGUAUACAUAUAGAAAAUUGAUAGAGUGGUGACUCCAUCAGUUUUAAAACAUGAAGGUGGUUUUUACCCCAUUGUUAUGGAAUGAAAGGUGAUCGUCUAUCAAUUAGUAAUUGGUAUGAAGAGUUUGCUUCUCUCAUCGCUCUUUUCCGCCCCCCCCCCCAGACUCUGUGGAUCCUGACAAGGAGAGUCCAGGUUGCAAAAGGCGACGGACGCGCACGAAUUUCACCGGUUGGCAGCUGGAAGAGUUAGAGAAGGCAUUUAACGAAAGUCACUACCCCGACGUAUUUAUGAGAGAGGCGCUGGCGUUGAGGCUGGAUCUGGUGGAAUCCAGAGUGCAGGUAAAAAAAACCGAGCGGGGCUCCUCUUCCUUCCCUCUACAACAUAAAGCGCACGAGGGUCCACUCCGCAGUCAAACUCGUUUCAGGCUUCAAGCCCUGACACCUGCCCAUUGCGCACAGUGGGAUAUUCAGCUCUCGGUAAACGUAUAUAUAAGACUACUCUGUGCAAAGCCUGUCAGUUCCUUAGCAUGGGAAAGAGUUACGCACCUUGAGCUGGAUCCGGCCCAAAUUCUGACCUCACCAAAAUAUUGCGCCCCCCUCCCCUCUCUCUGUCGGGCCAGCAAACCAAAUUUACCAACUUUGUGUUUGUGUGUGGUUUUGUUAAAGUUGGGGAAAGCAUUUUAGAGGGGUGGGGGGGUGGGGGAGUUAGCAAAAAUAAAUGCCUCCCUUCUUUGCUCCUAAACAUGCUGGGGGCGGUGUUCAUUGCGUGGAAGUGGUCUUGCGCCCCCCCCCCCCCAGUUCCUCUACUACCUUUCCUUUAAUUUCCGCCCGCGGGUAGGGGAAAACCCCUCUCCAUUUAUAUUUAUUUGUACUCUAGCUUUCGGGAGUUAUUUGUUUUUUCGUCUCUAUUUUCUCCCCCGCCCGACAACCCCUAAAAAGAAGUAGACCCCCGGGAAGCGGUUUAAGUGCAGAAGGUUCUUGAGGUAGUUUACAUUAAAUAUUUCCCAGAGUUAGGCCUGAUGAGGGACACGCGAGUUCAGAUUUGCCGCUUAGCCCCUGGGAUUGGGGGAGGGGGAGAGAGAGAGGGAAGCGGUCGGGGAGAUCUUAAAGGGAAAAUGGCAAAGGGGGUUAGAUUACAUAUAUGUAUAUUUGCCCUGUAGCACAAUUUUCACCUAUAUGAAAUUGCAUCUUGGUUUCAACCGCUCUUGUAUACUUUUUAAAUUUUUUUUUUGGGGGGGGACAAUUGCACCUCCCCCCUGCUUCAGAGCAGACUUUAAAAAUAAUCUCAUAGGCAAUUAUUUUUAAUAACAAGGUACUAAUACCGUUACUCCCCCACCUUUAGUUUUGAAUUUGGAAAUAGAAAACCCUACUCAAACUUUGCAACAUCUUUCCUGGCUCUGGGGGUUUGGGGUCGAGCAUGGAGGAACUUGGGGUGACACACUUUUCAACGCCCCCCCCAAUAUCGGAGCAGCCGGGCAAUCGAAAACAAGGAGUCUCCCUCCCACAGAAGCCCCUUGUGUGCCUGCGUGCGUUUUAAAAAAUAAUAGAGUUGUUACUUGCAAAAGCGCAGGGGCUAAUAACAUUACUGACUCUUAUUAAUCCGGGCUGGCAUUGUCUAAAAGGUGUAUUUACAAAAUGCUUCCACCCUCCCCCUCUUCCCCUCUCCUGACCUCUUCUGUUUUGAAAUCCUUUUAUCCAAUUUGUUCGGAGGCUGUUGAAUGAAGUCAAGACCCUCGAUUUCCCUCUAAUACGAUAAUGAGUAAUUCUCGGUGACAAGGGCUGCUGGAACUGACAAGUCAGGAAAGGAUAGGGAAUUGCAAAAUACAUACCAGCAGAGCAAGCUUAUUAUUAUUAUUAUUAUUAUUAUUAUUAUUAUUAUUAUUAUUUUCUUAUUAUUUUAAGAAACAAGGUUUUCUGAUAGGGACCAGCAAGGUUGAUUAAGUUACUUAUCCUUCCCUUCACCUCCUACGUCCUUAAAAACACACACCCUCUAAACCUAGAAUUCUUAUGCACCCCAGAAACUCUCCCCACCCCAUCCUGAUCUCCGGUUUACUUUUGAAAGUUGAUUUAAAAAUUAUUAAUAUUAAUGGUGUGAUUUUAUUGUGGGCUUUCUGCCAUGAUGAUUGAGGUGGGGGCAAAGAGUGAUAAGUGCAUGAGAGUCAAAGGAUUCGGGGGGAACCAUCUCACUUUGAUACUAAAACAGUGAUGUUUAAGUUGGGGACCUGUUAGUGAAUGUUAAUUUAUUGAUUUGAGAGCUCGUGGGAAAUAGCACACCCCUCCCCCCCCCAAGCUUAUUCUCCCUUUCGGGGUUUUGUUUUUACACCUUUGCCAAACGUUUUUCAUUUUGUGGACACUUUCUCAAACCUCGUUGAUCUUAAAGUAUUAUUCCUCCUCGUCUUCGAUCAGUAUGUUUUAGUUGUGUGUGGGGGGGGGGGAGGAUGUUGCUAUUGAAAAAACGGUGGGAUGCGUGCCUUAUUUAUUUGGUUUUUUAAAAGAAACUCGUGUGCGUGUGUGACGGUGGGAGAGUUCUUUAAAAGCUGGUGGUGACAUCUGACUUUCCGUAGGGUCAAAUCUUGAUCCCUUUCGUUUGUCAAUUUCACAGUCUUCAAGUUAGGCUCUCUCCCCCUCUGAAUGAAAGCCCAGGAAAGGAUGCAGUCGUGAUUUUAAGGGGAGCGGGAGGGAGGUUGUUGUCGAGAAAACACGUGUGGCAGAUUCCAAGAACUCUCUCUCUCUCCCCCCCCCCCCUUUUCCAAUUUUCCUUUCCUCCUUCGCAAUUCACUUCGGAAGGGGAUUCCCGGGAUGUGGUGACUUGUGUGAUUGUUCGGGGGGGGGGCGCGGGGAGUGAAAAGGGAGCAAAGACUUUUAUUCGUAGUUCAUGGCAUUUCCCACCCACACCCCAGUGACAUUUUAAAAUAAUAAUAAUAAUGGUAAUGAUAAUAAUAACAACAAUAUACUGUCACCCGAUUAAUACGAAAUAAUUAAGAUGUUUUCCCUGCCGCCCGAGGGCCCUUGCCAACCGAACCGAGCGCACAAACCCAUGAGCGGAAGUGUAGGAACUGCUACAUUUGAACCAACAAGCACAAUCUCUUGUAUGGUGUUUUGGGGGCGGGGGGACGACGACGACGACGUGGGAGUUUGCUAUCAAACUUCCGAAAGAGGAAGCCGGUAUGGAUACCCAGCCCUGGAUUUUUACGCACGUAGCAGGGAAGGUAGACAGCGAGGGGAGGAAAAGAGCAAACAACAACAACAACAAUAUCUCCGGUGGCGCUUUGAUUUUUUUUCUUGUACCUUCCUUUCCUUGCACGCUGUUGGCUCUAAGCCUUUGAAUUUACAGACGGCCUCCCCCCCCCCCAAAAAAAGAGAGACCCGCAUAAUUAUUUCCCUCUCUCUCUUUGAGUUAUAUAUUUGCUGGAGUGGUCUCCACUUGCAUCCCCACUAAAAGCACCAAACUUCCCUUUCUGUCCGAAUUCUGAUUUCUUGAGGCUGCAAUCCUAGGCUCCUUUACCUGGGAGUAAAGCCCAUUUAACUCGCUGGGGUUGGCUUCUGAUUAGAAGUGUGUAAGAUUUCGCUCUUUAUUAAAAAUAGGAUAAAAUGCAAGCUACCCAGGAAUGGUUAACGCGGGUCGGGACUUGGUUGCUUCUGCGCCCCGAGCAAGAAGGGAAGGAGGGAGGGGGAAUGGAGGGUUGGGGGGGCGGGAGGAAGCUGGCGACCCCCUCCUCCCCCACUGGCCCUCGGGGGCCACCAGGGGGUCCCUGCUGUUAACGGCUUCUCCUCCUUGUUCGGUGUGUAGGUUUGGUUCCAAAACCGCCGGGCCAAAUGGCGAAAGAAAGAGAACACGAAGAAGGGGCCCGGCCGGCCGGCGCACAACUCCCACCCGACGACGUGCAGCGGGGAGCCGAUGGACCCGGAGGAGAUCGCGCGCAAGGAGCUGGAGAAGAUGGAGAAGAAAAAGCGCAAGCACGAGAAGAAGCUGCUCAAGAGCCAGAGCCGGAACCUGCACUCGCCCAGCGGCCUCUCCGUCAACAGCAGCACGCAGAGCUCCGACAGCGACGGCGGCGGCGGAGGCCUCUCUCCGGACCCUCCGGACACCUGCAAGAUCGGCCCGCACAACCCGUCCCGGCCGGGCAGCUGCGACCCUGCGGCCUCGGCUUUCUACCCGAGCCGAGGCGGCCACGGGGUCUGUGGUGGUGGUGGCGGCGGCGGCGGCAGCAACCGGUGUGCCGACAAGGACGGGUCCGCGCCGUCGGGCUCCGAGUGCGGGCCGCCUCCCUCGACGGCGCGAGGCGGGGUGGGCGGCUCGGGCGGCGCCUUGCCCAAGCUCAACCCGUUCAGCGUGGAGAGCCUCCUGUCGGACUCGCCGCCGCGGCGGAAAGCGGCGCUGGAUUUCCCGCAGGCCUUGGCGCCGUGCGCCCCGACGGCGCGCACGCUCAUUGGCAAGGGGCACUUUUUGCUCUACCCCAUCACGCAGCCGCUGGGCUUCAUCGUGCCCCAAGCCGCCCUCAAGAGCAACCCGGGCCAAGAGCCGCCGCAGGGGGGCUCCCCUCUGCCCGCCGCCAACCCCAGCCCGGACCCCGCGCCCCCCAAGAGCAGCAGCACCGCCGCCAUCUCCACGUCCGGAGGCCGCUUGCCGCCCGAGAAUAGCUCCUCCGUCGCGCCCGGGGCCCUCUGCGGACUGAGGAAGGCCGUGGCUUCCCCUCUGGCCACAGCCUGCUCCUCUUCCUCCGCUUCCUCCUCCUCCUCCUCCUCCUCCUCUCCCCCCUCUGCCUAUUGCGAUUCCUCUUCCCAGAUGGACAGUAGCUGCGCCGUCGUGCAACCAAAGUCCCCCGCGAAAGACGCUUGUCAAUCCAGAGACAAUCCGGAUUGUCGCACAGAGCCAAACUGUCCAGCAGAGACCAGCAAUUUAGACUGUGAGGAAGUGGAUAUGGACUAA